UCUAUAUAUAAACUUCGUUUGUCCAAUUUGAAACCAAACAUUCAUUGAGGUUAAUAUUUCCACAAGAAGGUACGUAGAAAUUAAUAAGCAUGGUUUUUGUGGUGUAUCCUCAGCGUAGUUUAUCAGUAGCUAUCAUUGUUUUCUACACAUGCGUUUGGAUUCCAUUCCAACAGAUGAGACGAGCCCUUCUCAGCAUCAUCAUCGCCAUCACGUACUCGAGUAGCACUUAUAAUACUUCAUCAUCAACUAAUACUAUUGCCCAUGAUCAUAUUCAUCCGGGAGUAGUAGUUGACAGCUUCAGCCUUCCAGUGGCAGCUCGGUUCGAGGACUUGAGAGGAAGCUUGCAGUUGCUGAAUAAUGAGGAUGAGGAUGACAUUAUUAUUUGCUCCAUUUGUUUGGUAGGGUUGGAUCAAGAUCAAGAAGAUGAUGAUGACUUGGAGUUGGUGAUCAAACUCCCCGAAUGCAACCACAUCUUCCAUAGGGAAUGCAUUCACAAAUGGGUGGACAGGGAUCGCUUUACCUGCCCACUCUGCAGGUCUUUUCUGUUUUGCCCCAAACAACAACAAAACCCCAAUACAAACAAGUUUCAAGUCCGAAGAAUCAAUAAAUUUUCAUCGCGCCCAAGUAUAUAAAUUGAAGGGACACAGAAAGGUUUCUUAAAUAUUAGUUUUUGCUGGUUUCUAGAUCUUAUGCUUGUUUGGUUGCGGGAGAUUCAUCUUCCUAAUUAAUUUGCAUAUCUGUAACUUUGGAUGUUUAAUUCUAAGAAUAGAGGAUUUUU